GUUACUCAGCGAUAGUGAUGACCUCCCGGCUACGAGCGUUGGGUGGAAGAAUUAACAAUAUCCGCACCGCCGAGCUGCCCAAAGAGAAAACACGAUCCGAAGUCACCUGCAGCAUCCGCUUCUUAGAUGGCUCGGUACAGACCUUCAAAGUUAACAAACAAGACACUGGCCAGGGCCUGCUGGACAUGGUCUACAACCAUGUGGGUGUGACCGAGAAGGAGUACUUUGGACUGCAACAUGGUGACGACUCAGUGGACUCUAUGAGAUGGCUGGAAUCGAGCAAACCCCUCCGGAAGCAGCUCAAAGGAGGUUUCCCCUGUACUCUGCAUUUUCGAGUCAGAUUUUUUAUACCUGAUCCCAACACCUUGCAGCAAGAACAAACCAGGCAUCUGUAUUUUUUACAACUGAAGAUGGAUAUCUGCGAAGGAAGGUUAACCUGCCCUCUGAACUCAGCGGUGGUUCUAGCAUCCUAUGCCGUACAGUCUCGUUUUGGAGACUACGAUUCCUCCGUGCACCAUCCAGGCUAUCUCGCCGACAGUCAGUUCAUACCAGACCAAAACGAGGACUUUUUGGCAAAAGUGGAAUCUCUUCACGAGCAGCACAGUGGGCUAAAGCAAUCAGAAGCAGAAUCUUGUUUCAUCAACAUAGCACGGACCCUCGACUUCUACGGCGUGGAGCUGCACGGUGGCAGGGACCUGCACCAUUUAGACCUCACGAUCGGAGUGGCCUCGGCAGGCAUCGCUGUGUACCGGAAACACAUCUGCACGAGUUUCUACCCUUGGGUGAACAUCCUCAAAAUUUCCUUCAAAAGGAAAAAGUUCUUUAUCCAUCAGCGACAAAAACAGACGGAUUCCAGGGAGCACAUCGUGGCCUUCAACAUGCUCAGUUACCGCUCGUGUAAGAACCUGUGGAAGUCCUGCGUGGAGCACCACACGUUCUUCCAGGCAAAGAAGCUGCUACCUCAGGAGAAGAAUGUUUUUUCUCAGUACUGGACCCUGGGCUCCAGGAACCCCAAAAAGUCUGUAAAUCACCAAUACUGCAAAAAGGUGAUCGGCGGGAUGGUGUGGAACCCGGCCAUGCGGAGAUCUUUGUCGGUGGAACACCUUGAAACCAAGAGCCUGCCAUCCCGGUCCCCUCCCAUCACUCCCAACUGGCGAAGCCCUCGGCUCCGGCAUGAAAUCCGCAAGCCGCGGCACUCGUCUGUGGAUAACCUCGCCAACGAGAUGACCUACAUCACAGAGACUGAAGACGUGUUCUACACGUACAAGGGCCCCCUGUCCCCCAAAGACAGUGAUUCCGAAGUGUCCCAGAACCGAAGUCCGCACCGAGAGAGCUUAUCCGAGAACAAUCCAGCCCCAAGCUGCCUGACGCAGAAGUCAUCCAGUUCUGUGUCUUCAAACGCUCCAGGCUCCUCCUCCUCCUCCCCUGAUGGCAUGGACCAGAAGGUCUCAGAGGACCCCCACAGGGCCAGCCGAGGGGCCUCCACCGAGGACGGCAGCCAGUACUACUGCGACAAGAAUGACGGCAGUGACGGCUACCUGGUCCUAAUCCGGAUCACGCCUGAUGAAGAUGGGAAGUUUGGAUUUAACCUGAAGGGAGGAGUGGAUCAGAAGAUGCCGCUCGUGGUCUCCAGGAUAAACCCCGAGUCACCUGCCGACACCUGCAUUCCUAAGCUGAACGAAGGGGAUCAAAUCGUGUUCAUCAAUGGCCGGGACAUCUCCGAGCACACGCACGACCAAGUGGUGAUGUUCAUCAAGGCCAGCCGGGAGUCGCACUCGCGGGAGCUGGCCCUGGUGAUCCGACGAAAAGCUGUGCACACACUUGCCGAGAUCAGAUCUGAAGAUGAACUGAACCAGCUCUUCCCCCAGGCCAUCUUCCCCCUGCGUCCCGAGGGUGGCGACACGCUGGCAGGCUCCAUGGAGCAGCUCAAGAAGGGCCUCGAAAGUGGCACGGUGCUGAUCCAGUUUGAGCAACUCUACCGGAAGAAGCCAGGUUUGGCCAUCACGUGUGCAAAGUUGCCUGCAAAUGUGGACAAAAACCGAUACAAAGAUGUGCUGCCUUAUGAUGCCACCCGGGUAUUGUUGCAAGGGAAUGAAGACUAUAUCAAUGCCAGCUAUGUGAAUAUGGAAAUUCCCAGUGCUAACCUUGUGAACAAGUACAUUGCUGCCCAGGGACCCCUGCCACAUACCUGUGCACACUUCUGGCAGGUGGUCUGGGAUCAGAAGCUGUCACUCAUCGUCAUGUUGACGACACUCACAGAGCGAGGGCGGACCAAAUGUCACCAGUACUGGCCUGACCCCCCCGACGUCGUGGAUCAUGGAAUCUUCCACAUCCAGUGUCAGUCAGAGGACUGCACCAUUGCCUACGUUUCCCGAGAAAUGCUGGUCACGAACACAGAGACUGGGGAGGAACACACAGUGACACAUCUCCAGUAUGUCUCCUGGCCUGACCACGGCGUACCCGAUGACUCCUCAGAUUUCCUGGAAUUUGCAAACUACGUGAGGUCCCUGAGAGUGGACGGGGAGCCUGUGUUGGUUCACUGCAGUGCCGGCAUAGGUCGGACCGGCGUGUUGGUUACAAUGGAAACUGCCAUGUGCUUAAUUGAGAGAAACCUGCCUGUGUACCCACUGGAUAUUGUCCGGCAAAUGCGAGACCAACGCGCCAUGAUGGUGCAGACAUCUAGCCAGUACAAGUUUGUGUGUGAAGCAAUUCUUCGUGUGUAUGAAGAAGGCUUGGUUCAAAUGCUGGAUCCCAGUUAGGAGGACAACUGUGAAGAAAAAAACCAAAACCAAAAA